GGGAGCGGGGCGAACGCGCGCGGGGACUGCCACCGCCGCGCCGCCCGCCCUAUGAGCGAGAUGCGGCGCCGCGCCGCCCGGGGGCCCGGGCCACCGCCUUCCCGUGCCCGGGUCCCGCCGCUGCCGCUGCUGCUGCUCGCGCUGGCUGCCCGUGUGGGCUGCGCCGCGCCCGCGCCCCGCGCAGAGGACCUCAGCCUGGGAGUGGAGUGGCUGAGCAGGUUCGGUUACCUGCCCCCAGCAGACCCCGAAACGGGGCAGCUGCAGACGCCGGAGGAGCUGUCUAAGGCUGUCAUGGCCAUGCAGCAGUUUGGAGGCCUGGAGACCACGGGCGUCCUGGAUGAGGCCACCCUGGCGCUGAUGAAAACCCCGCGCUGUUCCCUGCCUGACCUCCCGGCUGCGGCUCCGGCUCGAAGGAGGCGCCAGGCUCUAGCCCCGACCAAGUGGAACAAGAGAAACCUGUCGUGGAGGGUCCGCACGUUCCCGCGGGACUCGCCCCUGGGCCGCGACACAGUGCGCGCGCUCAUGCACUACGCGCUCAAAGUCUGGAGCGACAUCACGCCCCUGAACUUCCACGAGGUGGCCGGCAGCGCCGCCGACAUCCAGAUCGACUUCUCCACGGCCGACCACAACGACCGCUACCCCUUCGACGGCCCUGGCGGCACGGUGGCCCACGCCUUCUUCCCGGGAGACCACCACACCGCAGGGGACACCCACUUCGACGACGAUGAGGCCUGGACGUUCCGCUCCUCAGAUGCCCACGGCAUGGACCUGUUCGCGGUGGCUGUCCACGAGUUUGGCCACGCCAUCGGGCUGAGCCACGUGGCGGCCACACGCUCCAUCAUGCAGCCAUACUACCAGGGCCCAGUGGGCGACCCGCUGCGCUAUGGGCUCCCCUACGAGGACAGGGUGCGCGUCUGGCAGCUGUACGGUGUGCGGGAGUCCGUGUCCCCCACGGCACAGCCAGACGCCCCAGAGCCCGAGGAGCCUCCCCUCCUGCCGGAGCCCCCAGACGAUCACUCCAGCACCCCGCCCAGGAAGGAUGUGCCCCACAGGUGCAGCACCCACUUUGAUGCGGUGGCCCAGAUCCGCGGCGAGGCCUUCUUCUUCAAAGGCAAGUACUUCUGGCGGCUCACCCGAGACCGGCACCUGGUGUCGCUGCGGCCGGCACAGGUGCACCGCUUCUGGCGGGGCCUGCCACUGCACCUGGACAGCGUGGACGCCGUGUACGAGCGCACCAGUGACCACAAGAUCGUCUUCUUCAAAGGAGACAGAUACUGGGUGUUUAAGGACAAUAACGUAGAGGAAGGAUACCCGCGGCCCGUCUCGGACUUCGGCCUCCCGCCAGGCGGCGUUGAUGCCGCCUUCUCCUGGGCCCACAAUGACAAGACUUAUUUCUUUAAGGACCAGCUGUACUGGCGCUACGAUGAGCACACACGACGCAUGGACCCCGGCCACCCCGCCCAGAGCCCCCCGUGGAGGGGCGUCCCCAGCACGCUCGAUGACGCCAUGCGCUGGUCCGACGGUGCCGCCUACUUCUUCCGCGGCAAGGAGUACUGGAAGGUACUGGACGGCGAGCUGGAGGUGGCGCCCGGGUACCCGCAGUCCAUCGCCCGGGACUGGCUGGUCUGCAGAGACCUGCCCGCCGACCCCGAGGGCGCGGACGGAGAGGCCGGGGCCCACGCCCGGCCAGGACAGCGCGACCACAGCCGCUCGGAGGACGCUUACGAGGUCUGCUCCUGCACCUCCCUCGCCGCCCCUGCCCCGCGGGCGGCGGGCUCGCUGCUGGCCGCGCUGCUGAGCUUCCUGUGGACAGCGGCCCGGGCCCUGGCGCUAUGACAUUCGGCGCUGGCCUGCGACAGGACAGACGGGGCCAUGGCCCAGAGCCACAAAGUGCAAGGGCUGGUGCCCGCCCCUCCAGCGACCGAGCCAAGCAUCCCUGCAUAGCGGACUCCGCCUGCCAGAUGGGGACGGGCUCCACCAGCCCCCGGACAGAGGUCACCGGGUGCAGCCUCCUGACUCGGCAGAGGCCAGCAGAGGGCGCUGCUCCCCGGCGCGGAUGCAGGGAGAGCGCCCGCCUGGCGUGCCUGCCACCUGCCAGAUGGGGAGACUGCGUCAUGGCGGGGGUGGGGGGCUGGGAGCCGUCCUUUCAGCGAGCGAGUGACUGAAUCUCAAGGAGAUGGACCGAGGAGCCAGGGGUUGGCAGGGCAGGGGGCGUUACAGCAGGCAUCGCUGCCCCCAGCUCCGCAGGCCCUGGAAAGAGCAGCCCGGGGGGACCACGGGUACCCUCUCCCCAUCACCUGCCCGCACUGCCGCCCCUGGUGCUUCUGCCCACCCGUGGGGCUUCCUCUCCUGGUCCCGUGGGCCUGCCAGUUGCCUCAGUUAGGGCAGCCCCCCCACACAGGUGAACCCCCAAGAUGGGGCUGUGGUGGUCUUCCCUUGUGACACGUUUCAAACACGACUUCUUCCUGCUUUGUAAUGGCUCAGGCUCGGCUCCCUGACUCAUCCAGGCCUUCCGGGGGUGGGCGUUCUCCCAGGCCUGGAGGGGGUCUGCGGCCUUUACCCCAGACCACCUGCCCUCUGGGGUGGGGG